AAAAAAAAAGCUACUAUGGGUAUUCCCCCCCCUGCAAUGGUGUCCUUGCAUGCACAGCUCCCGUGAAGUGCCCAGACUUGCUAGUUCACUUGUUGUCAGCGCAUCACAAAAUGCAACGUCCCCAUUUGUUAUCUUUUGUGAGGAUGUACUGCUCUCCGGCCUCCAAAAAGCCUGAAGCGGCCAACGCAAUGGAAACGGCUAAAGUUUUUCUUUGUCGCCUCUCUGGAGCUGGAAAGGAUUUGGGAAGACACUCCAUUCAGCGAAUCUCUGCAACCACGCAAAGCUGGUGGGACAAAUACGAGGAAUUUGUGGGCAUCAACGAAGUCCGAGAAGCCCAGGGAAAAGUGGCUGAGGCUGAAAAACAGUUUAUGUUUGCUCGAGGAAUUGUACGAGAAACCCGUGACACAUGGGAGACUCAGCAGCUGAAAUUGAAAGAAAUUCGGGAUCGUUUAGACAGAGUUUCACGUGAGGACGCUCAGUAUCUGGAACUGGCAACGUUGGAGCACAAAUUAUUGCAGGAAGAGAAAAGGUACCGGAUCAACUACCUAACAGCCGAAGAAUCUGAGCGGGAAGCCUUCUCUCUCUUCUCUGCCGCCGUCCGGGAAAGUCACGAAAAAGAGAGGACGAGAGCUGAGAAGACGAAGAACUGGUCCAUUAUUGGCUCCGUGUUGGGGGCCGUGAUCGGCGUCUUGGGUUCCACUUACAUCAACCGAGUUAGGUUGCAGGAAUUAAAGGCCUUAGUUUUCGAAGCCCAGAAGGGCCCUGCGAGCCUUCAGGAAGCCAUCCGAGAUCAAGCCACCGCCUAUCACUCCCAGAAACAGGAUCUCAGUGACCUCACCGCCAGUCUGAAGAACAUCCUGCAACUUGCCACGGUGACGUCCCAGGAAGGAGAAGAGGCUUCCUUGACCAAAGACGGAUCGCGCACCUCACUAAAAAUAGACCCUGUCUUGGUUUCUGUGAAGGAGCAGCUGGUCUACUCUAAACAGAUCAGUUCGUUCCUUGGAAGCUUGCAGGAGCAGCUUAGUAAUUUGGAAAACAACUUAGGGCAGAUGGUCCGUGAAGUACAGAACAUUAAAGCUGUACCUCAGCCUGUACCUGAGGGAAGGGGGUUGCUUAGCUCUCCCACAGAGGUGAAGAGCCAGGCUUUAGAGGCAGAAGAGGUGGUGCUUGAAUUGUGCAACACCGAAAGGAGGUUGGAAGCCCAAAUGAGGAAGAACUCCAUCUAUAGUACAGCCUUCACCUGUACCAUGCUGGCUGUUAGCUUCCCCGUGCUCUAUAUACUGUUGAAGGGAAAUUAGCCUGCAGUUUAGCCACGUUCCUUCAAAAGUCUUUAAAAAAAAUAAAUAAAAGGGUGUUCCUUGAAUAUAAACGCUUCCUCGAAGUCAUUUUGCAGAAGCGCCUGUUGGUUGAUGGCCCGAGUCAGUAUGAAUGAACUCUGCUCUAUGAGUCUUUGGCAGUUCCUCUUCUGUGCAGACAGACAAAUGGUUUGUGGUUUUUUUUUAAACACCAUUGAUGCUCCUUGCCUUUGGAAUCUGACAGAAAAACCUCGAUGCUUUCGAGCUGUUGAUGAGUAAGAGAAGCCAUUCAGAUGAUUUGAGUUUUCUUUUCUUUUUUAGGUAAUUUUAUUAGAGAUUUCAGAUAUAGAGAUAAACACUGGUAGUAAUUAAGGUAGAAGAAAUGAACAGGUUAAAGAAUGAGAAAAGAACGCAAAGCCAAAAGUGCAGAAAGAAAAAGGGGGGAAAAAAAACCCCAAAUGCAAAGAAGUGAUUCUGACUUUUUCUUUGCAGUAGAUAUGAAUAUAAAUUCAUAUUGAAGCCUUUACAACGCAGCUUUCAUUUCUUUAGGAUCUACCACAGUGGUUCUCAACCUGUGGCCCACGGAUCCCUGAGUGGCCCACGAUUUAACAGAUGGUCCAUGAAGGCUUGAAGAAAUGUUAUGAUUUAAAUCUUGAGCUAAGUCUUGGUGGUCCAUGGCCAUGAUCUUUGACCACAAAAGGUAUUUAUAGGGGUUCCGUGGUGAAGAAAAGGUUUGACAACCACUGACCUAUCAUUUUAUGUAAUUAUCAAAUCCAUUGUCAUUUUUUCCUGUUUCAUGCAAAAAGUCUCAAAGGGGGUUUCAAUCAGCAUUAUUGUCUUUUCUCUAAUCAAAGGUGUCACUUUCACUAUCUCAUCAACUUCACCACCCAAUUUUCCCACUGUAAGUAAUGUCAAAUUUUUCGAUCAUUGUGUACAUAUAAACAACUUGCUGCUAUCAUAUGUAAAAAUAAAGUUCCAUGAGUUUUUUCCCCCAGAUAUUUGUUCAUUAGUCCCAAAAGGAAUAUCUCUGGUUUCAGAUGCUUAAGAUCUUUACGGUCUUCUGAAUGAAUGUCUGUAUUUGAAUCCAAUUUUUAAAAAAGCUUUUUUACAUGUCUACUUUUUUACAAGUCCCCUCUUGUUCACAUUUCCAGCAUUCAUAUGAGGUUCCUGUAUAUGUUUUAGACAAUUUUGCUCUGAUGAAAAAUAUCAACCAUACAUCGUUUUAUGAAAUUUUCUUUAAGAUUACAACACAACGUGAAUCUCAUUUGUUUCAUCCAUGUAUUCUCCCACUAUUUGUAGAUUAUGUUUUUAGUCCAUUUUAUUGUGCCUUCUUUCACUUGUUCAUCUUCUCCCAAAGGUGUUUUCUCAAGAGGCAACUGGACUUUCUGUUUUUUCUUUGAAGACAUUUUGCUUCUCAUCCAAGAAGCUUCUUCA